UUGGAGAAAUAAGAAGUCCGGUACUUUGUGAUAAAAAUGCAAUAGAAUUUAUUAAAAUUCAGGAUUGUGCCUGUGAAAUAAACUUUGCAGUAGAAUAGUGAAAGAUAAUUGACAUUUUAUUUUUAUUAAAAUCUUAGUGUCCCUAAUAAAAUAAUGUAUAUGCAACAGAAAUUUGCACAAUUGGGCUUGUAUAGCAUUUUCCAUGUUGCCGACAAAUAACACGUCGCAACAACCAGAUGAUGAACGCACAAUGAAACGUAGCAUUGAAGAUUUAAUGCGAAUUGACACGCGAUGAUAGCAGAUCAGAGUAUCAUCAAACUACAUAAACAUAGACAUAAUCAUGUGAUAUUAAUAAACAAAAUAGUGCGUGAAAGAUACUAUUUGUGAUUUAAGAAAAGUUCAGUGUGUUCUCGGUCCAAGCUCGCAAGCGAUGUCUAUUCGUAUGAGUGGUGUGUAUUUUGCUCCGGCUAUUACGACACCGCAAACCGAGAAGAUCGCGAACAAUACGAGCGGUCUGGAAGAUCAGACAGACAAGGCGAACGGCGCCCAGCAGCCCAAUAACAAGACGGUUACCAUUCUAGCCCCAAAUCGAAGCAACAGCCUGGACUACUUGAAUUUCGAAGAGAAGCGCCAGCUGAUCGCCUCGUCGCUCUCGCUGUCUGAUAUCCUCCACUGCGGACCGGCAGCUGCAGCCGCUGCAGCCAAGGAGGUUGCUGCCAACACCGUUAUCGGUGGCAAGAAGCAGAACGGUGUGGCUGUGCGAACGAAUAGCCUGGGAGGCGUGGGUGUAUGGCCCCCGCAGCUUGAACGCAAGAGCAAGCUGUCAGCCUUAGGAAAACUCUUCAAGCCAUGGAAAUGGAAACGAAAGAAAAAGUCCGACAAAUUCGAGGCGGCUUCCAAAUCACUUGAACGCAAAAUAUCUGUGAGGGCUAACAGAGAGCAUCUCGUCCAAAAAGGGAUUCUUCUUCCUGAUAGUCCAAUAUCUCCAAUUUCCGAGCCUGGCGAACAUAAUUCUGAUCAACAUGCAAGCGGCGUGCAGCUACUCGCAUCAGUCACCAGUUCGCAAUCCGCGCAGCAGUUGUCGCACCAAAGCACGCAACAGUUGCCGCUAUCACAAUCCGCCCACCAGCUGCAGGUGACGCAGCUGCAACAGCAGCAAGCGCAGCAACUGCACGCACAUCUGCAACAUCAACAUAAACAAUUGCACGCGCAACUACAGCAGAAUCUGCAGUUUGCAAACGCCACUUCACCCACGAAUAGUGGCAAGAAGCAGAACGGUGUGGCUGUGCGAACGAAUAGCCUGGGAGGCGUCGGUGUAUGGCCCCCGCAGCUUGAACGCAAGAGCAAGCUGUCAGCCUUAGGAAAACUCUUCAAGCCAUGGAAAUGGAAACGAAAGAAAAAGUCCGACAAAUUCGAGGCGGCUUCCAAAUCACUUGAACGCAAAAUAUCUGUGAGGGCUAACAGAGAGCAUCUCGUCCAAAAAGGGAUUCUUCUUCCUGAUAGUCCAAUAUCUCCAAUUUCCGAGCCUGGCGAACAUAAUUCUGAUCAACAUGCAAGCGGCGUGCAGCUACUCGCAUCAGUCAGCAGUUCGCAAUCCGCGCAGCAGUUGUCGCACCAAAGCACGCAACAGUUGCCGCUAUCACAAUCCGCCCACCAGCUGCAGGUGACGCAGCUGCAACAGCAGCAAGCGCAGCAACUGCACGCACAUCUGCAACAUCAACAUAAACAAUUGCACGCGCAACUACAGCAGAAUCUGCAGUUUGCAAACGCCACUUCACCCACGAAUAGUGGUGAGUGAUAAUUGUUUAUAUUUUUUUAUUAUGUAGUAU